UGAAGAGGGAGUGAAUAUUUUUCACUUUCGAGUUUUAGCAAUCUUGUUUAAUUUUGGGUUUCGUCAAUACUUUUUCACACUGCUUCGUCUGGCAAAACAUCUAAUGAGUCAAAGAAAUGGGUUCUUUUGAAGGUUUAAGAAUGGUGUAUAGAAAUCUACUAAAAGCAGUGGAAAAGCAUAUAGGGAAGGAAGAACAGAAGGUUCAUUUCACUGACUUUAUAAGGGAAGAAUUCAGGAAGAACAGAAAUCUUGAAUACCCAAAAGACUCUUGUUUUGUCCAGCAAAGAAUUAAGCUUGCUCAAAAUUAUACUUACCUUCUCAGCAGUGUCCACCAUCAUAAGGACCUAUUAUUUUCUUACAACAUUGCAGUGGAUAGAUCCAAUGAGAUGACGAAAGUACUGGGUAAAUCUGCUGCAAGUGUGGGUCUCCGCCUUCCUGAUGUUUAUCAGUCUUGAAAGUUGUUUAAUUUCAGGAGGAAUUUAAUGAUUGGGUGUUAGAUGAAGCUGGUCAGUUAUUACAUUCUUUGGAGCAUGUAAGUCUAGAUGUCAACAGGGAGCGCACUCAGUUCUGGUCAGCAGGUAUUGAUGGAAAAUUUGCAGUUAAAAGCUGUUAUACUCUCUUGCGGAAGCAAAAUGGAAGCUGGGAUUUGAUAUGGACAUGGAAAACUUUGUGGAAAACAAGAGAACCUACAAAGGUAGCUUGUUUUGGUUGGAUUGCAAUAAGGGAGACUGCUUAACUCAAGAUAUGUUACAAAAGAGAGGCUUCUGUCUUUGCAGCAGAUGUUUCUUAUGUCAAGACUCUCCAGAAUCUGUAAAUCACCUUUUUUUGCACUGCAGACAAACAAAGCAAAUUUGAGAGUUAUUUCUAAGCAUUUGCAGGGUGUGCACUGGGUAAUGCCACAAAAUAUCAAAGGUGUGAUGGAAUGCUGGCAGACUCAAAAAGUCAAUGAAAGAUGGAAAGGGAUCAGGAAUACAAUUCCUCUUUGUAUUAUUUGGACUAGUUAGUUGGAGAGGAAUAAGAGAUGCUUUGAAGAUCAAAAGCAACAUACUUCUUUUGUAAAGAAUAGUUGCCUACAUAAAUUAUACUUUUGGUGCAGGAGUACGAUGGUAGAGAAUGUCUUCAGUAUUUUUACUUAACUUUUUGGGAGUACGAUUGGAACUUGUAAUGUUGUAAUCCUUUCUUUUUGAGGUACCUUCCUGGUACUCUAUUAAUGCAAUUUAUCCUACCUUAUCAGAAAAAAUGUUCUAUGUAUUCUUGACACACCUGAGAAUGAUAGUUGAAGGUCUUUUCUUCUUUGUUUCAACUCAUCCUUUGUUGGUCUCUCUUGCCCUCUUUUUGCUGCAAAAAUCCCAGAUCUUGCAGUAAGUUGAGGGCAACUGAUGUUCAGUUGAAAAAUACUUUCUUCAUGAAGCACAUGUAUUCUGGUAUACUAAGAAAAUCAGUUGUGGGUUUUGCUUAUCUCAUAUUCAUACUUGUACCAGAUUACUCACUUAAUCAACCAAUAUCUCAAUCAUCGGCACUAGCCCUUCAUUUUUGAAACUGUCCUU